CUCCCCGGGCAGCGGCUUCGUUUUCUUUCCUCAUCAGUGUGGAGGUGAGAGUGUUCUGGGGCGGUGCGCUGUGCUUUCUCUCCGUGGCGUUCUCCUGACUCGAGAACCGGAACCGUUGAACCUUUGACCGCCAGUUCCUCUGUACGACUACGGAUCCACGUUUUAUUCUUGACGGAUUAACGACCACGACGAACAGGAGAAAUGAACAGCCAAGUAACGUAGUGUUGAAGGGUGAACUUGGAGUGUUGCUGAGAUCACUGAACGGGAGAAACACUUGUUGAGCGGCAAGGAAAGGAAGGAAGCGAGCCUCGUGUGACUUGCGUAGCGGCGAUGCAUGCGAUGUUGUAGUGUUGACCGCUGCAGUGGAGUGUCCAGCCCCCCACGCCCCAAAGUCGGGCCUCAGGAUGCUGAAGUGGACCCUGCGGAAUCCCCCCGACGCGCCCACGCCCCCUCCGCCCCCCGAGGUGAGCUGCCGUGCGCACGAGGCCGAAGCCCGCGCCAACCUCAAGGACUCGAACACGUGCUGGUUGGAGGCGCAGGUCAAAGUGGCGCAGGUACGCUCCACCUCCAAGCUGGUAGAAAACGGGGAAGGGGAGAACGGUAAGGAGAAUGAGGGACUCCUGCAAAGGUGGCGGACCUCCCAUCACCACCACCACGAGGAGAAGAAGAGGAGGAGGAGACACCACAAGAACACCAGAUGCAACCCUCUGGACCCCCUUCGUCUCUUCACUGGGGAGGUGACAGACAGCGACAGCGGGAGUGUUUACAUGAGACUGGAGCACACCCCUGCCGCCCUCCUCCCCCGCCCCCCCAUCACACCCACAACAGGGCCCGCCGACCCCCGCAGAAAACCUCUCAUCGACCUCUCCAACGGGGACUACAGCGACGUCAGGAAGUACCUUCAGAGCCUCUCCAACUCCAGUCUUCAUCACCAACAGCAUAAACAUUACCACCCUCCUCACCACCACCAUCACCACCCUCACCAUCAUCACCACCACCUCUACAAUGCCCUACACCUCCCCGCCUACCUGCAGCCCUUCGCCCGGGGCACUGAAGGAAAUGUACAGCGAGGCCCCGGUCCCGGCAUCCCCGUGCGGCCGGAACCCCUCGGCGCCUCCUCCUCCAGACUACAGCAGGAGCAGCACCAACAGCGGCCGCGAUCCCUGAGCUCCUCCAGAACCCGGUCUCGCUCCACUUCCGUGUCUCGGUCCCGCCCCCCCGGUCCCUCUAGUCACUCCGGGGGCGCGGCGGGGUGCGGGGGGCAGGGCGCUGGGGCCGGGGUGGCGUCCCCCCUCAAGCGGCACUCCAUCGCGGACAUACCCUCGGCAGCGGGCGGCGCGCUGCGGGGCGUGUGGGAGGCGCAGAAAGAGCGGCGGGGACGGUCGGCGAGCCACGAGCGGCGGCGUGAGGACGUGAGGCCUGGCAGGGACGACAGGGACGGCAGGGGGGCGCGGCAGGAGACGGAGGCGAGGGAGGCUCAGCAUGUGGAGGGGAGACGAGGGCGGCGGGAGAGGCGGAGGGAAGAACCGAUCUACGAGAAGGUCGGCGGCGAGUCCAGUCCCUCCACCGCCACCAACUCCGGCUCGAGCCUCGCCUCCAGGAACAGCAGGAACUCCUACGACAACGCCAUCUACAUGUCCAUGAAGGACCUGCGGGCGCGUUGCCUCCAGGUAGGCCAGGAGGUGGAGGAGCCAGGUGACAGUCACCUCCUCUCCCCCCCUCUCCCCUACGUCUCGGCGGGGCCCUGCCAGACGCCUCCCCGCGAGCCCCUCUACGAAAACCUUCUCUACCUCCCCAUGACGGAGCUACGCAACAGCAGCAGCAAGAAGGGCCCGGAGACGCGGCCCCUGCCGGCCCCGCCCGCCCUGGAGGAGCACGACGACACGUGUUCCUUUACCGCCGAGCCCCAGCGGGACCUGCACCGCCCCGUGGCCAUCAGGGCGCUGAGUGGCCCGCCGCACCCCGCCGUCCACCAGGCGGGGCAACCGUCAAAGAAGCCGUGCGACUCCCAAGGCGGCCCGGCACACCGCUCCACCCCUGAGGGCGCGGCGGCGCACCGCAGCACCGGUCAGCACGUCCACAUAGACUACUCGGAGAUAUCGCGCGAGCCCCCCAUCCCCCUGCACCACCUCCGACCGCCACCCCCGCCGCCUCCCCGUAGGGCACGGGAGGGUCAAGGCUCCAAGAAGACGCGGCCCCGAGCCCCGAGCUGGGCGCGGCCUGAGCCCCUCCUGCCGGUGAUCUACGAGAACACCCGCCGUGAAGAGGCGCCGCGCGCCGCCAAGAAACGCAAGCUGCGUCACGUCAUGGAGAUCGAGUUCAGCAUCGACGACGAUGACGACGAGCGGCCUGAAGGCGGCGGCGAGCCUUCGCAGGCGAGUCCUCGCGGCGGUAGCCUCUCCAGCAGCGACAACCCUGACAGCGGGGUGUCGGAGGGCCUCACCACGCCCCUCAUCAGCCCCCUCAGCGCGCCGCGCAGCCCCCAGUCCCCGCACAGUGACAGUCUGCUGGGGGAGGCCUGCACGCCGCUCACCCUGGAGCAGCUGGGCAGCAGAGGCCAGGCCGCGCCCGAGGACAACACCGCUACAUCGGACACGUCCGGCCAGUGCCGCCUCCCGCAUGACGUGACGGACCCGGCCUUCCUGGAGGGCAGGCGUCACAGCGGGCUGACGGAGGAGCUGCUGGAGGAAAUGGUGUCUUUGUAUCGCAGCGGCGGGCGGAGCUGUGACGCCUCGCCGCUCAGUCGAGGUGAUGUCAGCAGAAUGCUGCUGAGCGCCGUGGGCCGUAAUUUAUUCAGCGAUUCUCCCGUCAAAGUUUCCCCGGCGCGGGAAGGUUCCCUGGGCCGCCGCCACUCCCUGGGCAGCCUCGCAGACCUCUCCCGACGCAUGUCGUCCCUUGGCCUUGUGGACGAGGCUUCCCCACGCCGCAUGGAAGCAUGGCUCCCCGAUGACACGUCUGUCAAGAAAGCCCAGUCCAUGCUUUGCCUCAGCCCUGCCUCGGCAGGGGCCGGCGAUGAAGCGAACAGCAGCAGCAGCAGCGUGCCCCUCAUGGCAGCCGUGGCCCAGAUCCUGAAGGAGCCCGAGGCGCGCGGGUCGCCGCCGUGCCGCUGCGGGCUGCCGGCGGGGGGACAAACGGCCCAGAACACAAGUGUACAGUCAGGACAAUGGUGGGCCGGGGGGGCGGGGGAGGAGGGCGAGGGGCGGCCCGCCACAAAAGGGUCAGGUAGUGCAGGUGGGCAGGCUGCUCGCCCCUCACUCAGCUGCCAGUCCUCGCCCCGCCACCACCAGCCGUCCUGCCCUCUUGGCCCCGCCCCGCCCCGCCCCGCCCUCCAGACCAUCUCCAGUAACCCGACACUUCCACUUCCGGUGAUGAGCGGCGAGCAGUCUCUGGCCGCGGGGCACGCGGGUGCCGACGCCUCAGUGCCUGGCGGUCCGCGCCCCGAGGAGGAAGCUUUGCCCGCGACGCAGGACGCCAGUGAGUAUGACAGUGGCUGUGGCGGCGACCUGACCCCGCGGUGGGAGCAGCCCAGUGCGAGGCAGCGGCGACGGCGCGAGGAGAGCCGCUACCGCCUCCAGCGCAUGCUGCAGGAGUGCCCGUGUGCCCAGCACCCCGGCGAGGCCGAGGAGUCUGUUAGUGCUGAUUGGUCUAUGGAGGCCGUGCCCGACGAGGCCUCCACCCGCGACCCUUGUGAUCUGGAGGCUGAGGUCAGCGACGCGCUGCCCACGCCCCCCUCCCUCCCUUCGCCCCCCUCACCCGACACCGCCAGCCUCUGCACCAUCGACAGUGACUACGGCGAAGGCCUCUACGUGAGCCCGCGCCUCGUGGAGCAGCUGCGGCGCCUCUCCGAAGCCAAGAUGCUGGCCAGGCUGAGAAAGUCGUUCCGCAGCAAGAAGGAGAAGCGCCCACCCACCGAAAACGGCACCACCAAGGGCCAGGGCGGCCCCAAGAUGGGCAUCUUCAUGUUCGUGGACAACCCGAUGUACCUCAGCCCCGAGGUGAAGAAGGAGGCGCGGGUAGUGAGUGCCCACGGCGCUGAUGACAAGGCCAAGAAUUCUUGGUACGUGGGCAACCCCAUGUACACCUCGCCUGAGCCUCAUUCUCGGAACUGUGGCCCCGAGGAGCGGCAGCGCGCCCUCUGCGAGAAGGAGAACCUCCGCAACGCGCGGCUGGCCAACGCAGUGCGCCAGAACCCCGCCGGCAGGAGGCCGCUGGCCAACCUGUGGCUGCAGAGCAACCCCUGCUACGAGUCCCCCGAGGCCAAGGCGCCGGCCCCCGAUGACGCUACUUAUCUCACGCCCAUCGUGCCCGCGCGGCGUUCCGCGACCAUUCUGAAGGACGACCCGGACAUCCUGGACGCCCAGAAGUUCCUGGACCACGAGUACUGCACCAUCCCCGGCGACGACUCCGACUCCUGGGUGACCCACUCGUCGGCCUCCCGGAGCAGCGACUCGCCCACCGCCCGCAGGACCCUUGCCUUCGGGCUCCCUCGCCGCGACCCCAUCACGCCCUCCAGGAUUUGGCGUGAGACGGGCAAAAAUCAGCAUUCUACGCCGUGCAAGGCCCAGGGCAGUCUGGAGAAGGGCGCCGGGCUGGGCAGCCGCCAGCACCGUACGCCGCGAGCCGUCAAGCGCGGCCGCCGCGGCGCGGCUCAGGAGGAACCAAGAGGCGCCUCACCUCCCCCCCUUCCCGCCCGCCCCCACCCGCCGCUCCACAAGCCCCCCAAGGAAGCCACCGUCGCGCCUUGCGUCUUUGAGGACACCAGUGACUUCCAUCACCACCGCCCCGACGCCCGCGACGACACCACCCACUUCCAGCUGCCUCCCGACGGCGUGUACGAGAGCGUGGCGCGCGGCGGGCGGCGGCGGGUGGCACGGGCACAGUCCGACGUCUCGUCCAUCACCUCCUCCACCUACCGGGCAGCUCGCCGCCCCACCUUCUCCUCCCCGUCCCCAAGGAGGACCCGAUCCCCCCUGUGCUCCGCGGUGCCAAAAAACGGGGCCAGCGGCUCCCUGUGCGAGGGGAGCCAGAAGGGCAGAGCCAGACGGAGGGUGAGCAGCAGGAAGUACCGCGCCGGAGAGGUGCUGCAGGGCAAGGGUCAACUGAAGCUGGCUGUGUACGAAAACUAUGGACUUCUUACCAUACAUAUCAUGGAGGGACGGAAGUUAAAGUCACGUCUUUCUAGCGUGUGCAACCCCUACGUGAAGAUCUCCCUGGUGCCAGACUCACAGGAGCGCACCUUUUGCCGCACUCCGCUCCUCCGUGCCACCAACGCCCCGCACUUCGACCAGAAAUUCAGCUUCGACUUUCUACCAGAGGACCUUGACAAGCGCCUCCUCGUGUCUGUGUGGAGCCGCGACACCCUCAGGAAACGAAGUGAAUUCCUCGGCUGCAUGUCCUUCAACGUUGCCCACAUAACAACAAAGCGGGUGCAUGGGUGGUUUAGGCUUCUGACGGAGACACUCGGACGCCGGAAGCACUUCGCCGUCUCCUUCCUCAACACCUCCCAGGACUCCUCCACCUCCUCCAAAACCAAGAUGGAGGAGGUCAUCUUGCUAAAUGACAACCCAACACCGGCGCCCGCGAGAGCCCACUCCCCGCGUGUACAGGACCCCGUGCCGCCCAUCCCUACAAGCAAAUACCGCCUGUCGCCCACGCAGAGGAAGGUGCUCGGCGAUGGCACGGAGGAGCUCACUCUGGAUGACGGGGGUGUCGCCCCGUCUGAGGUGUCUUCAGCCGCCCCGCAGACGCAGAAGGGUGCCGGCCAGACGCCGUACACGAUCACUGUGGUGUUGAACCGCGGCAACCAGGGGUUCGGGUUCAGCGUGGCUUGGACCAAACCGCCCCGCGUGGAGAGGGUCGAGGCGGGGCUCCCGGCAGAUCGCGCUGGGCUGCAAGCGGGCGACUACAUCAUCUUCGUGAGUCACUUCAACGUCGUCAAGAGCAGUGAGGAUGAUGUGCUGCAGAUGAUAAGGGAGUGCGGGGACGUUCUUCCACUAGAGGUGUACCGCCGGGGUGUCUCCAAGCACCCUCGAGGUCUGGCCAACGGCUACACCCCUUCCGCCGCCCCCCUCCCGCCUCUCAACGACAACGAAACCCACGCCCGGAAGAAGCUCAGCCACAUUGCCUUCAACACCGAGACCACCGCUGAGGACCGCCAGAGCCUCGUGUUCCAGGCCAUCAACAGUGAGCAGGCCUUCAGCAACGCCUGCCGCUUCGGGGUGGAACGCUACCUCAUUCCGCUUACCUUCCGCGGCGACCUCAUCACCUCUACGCAACACCAGACGCUCUUCGGCAACAUGGACCAGCUGAUGGACCUGUCGGAGACGCUGGUGGACAGCCUGAUGGGGAACGCUGACGAGGCCAUCGGCGACCGCGUGGGCCUGGCCUACUACCAGCUGAUCGAGGAGGUGGUUCAACAGUACACGACCUACCUGGCUGGGCUGCCCGAGGGUGACCAGGUGUUGGCGCUGAAGCUGCAGGAACAGGACUUCAACGAGUUUCUCCACGAACCGCCGGUGCCCAGGAAGAAGCCCGACAUCACCGCCUUCAUCCACAAGCCCGCCGAGCACCUGCGUGAGAUGCUGGGGCUAUUGACGCAGGUGUACGCCGCGUCAGGAGGUCACCCCGACAACGCUCACCUGGAUGCUGUGCUGGACCGCCUGAAGUCAUGCUACAGAGGGGUCACCAGCCAGCAGAACAUCAUGGAGCCCUCACCCCCCACCCCCCUGCCGCCCCCCACCGCCCACCACACCCCCCCGCCCGCCGCCAGGCCCGCCGCCCCACUCCGUCCGCCCCUUGUGUCCGUGGGUGACAUUGAACAGCGACUCGUGUUUACUAAGUUCACACAGCCUUUCAAACUCAACGAUGGCAAGCGGCAAUGGGUGUUUGGUGGGGAGCUCUACAAGUUCGAGGGUCGCCACCUGAAGCAGUACUGGGCCAUGCUGUUCACCGACCUGCUUCUCUUCACCAAGAUCAACAGGGACCGCGUCAUCUUCGUCAUGGAGGACCCUGUGCCCCUCUCCGGAGUGUGCCAGGCCAUCUUCAACAUCAAGAAGAAAGUCACGGAGUUCCGGUUGAUCGUGGACACCUCGGUGCGUGUGCCUGGCUCGGCGGAGGCUGGCUACCUCUCCUCCCCCUCCUUCACGCGACGCCGCCGGGGCUCCACCACCUCCACCUCCUCCUCGGGGCGCGCCAACAAGCGGACUCUGGUCAUCCGCGCCCCGACUAUCGACCUCAAAGCUACCUGGAAUAACCUCAUCAACCGUCAGCUGUACGAGUGUCAGCUGGGCGGCUCCUCUCCCCUCGGUGACUUCCCCGCCUCCAGUCUGGGCCGCGCCGCCUCCUCGGACGGUCUUGCAUCGCACCACGCCGCUUCUGGUCGCUUCAGCAGCUCGGUAGGGGACCUGCGUCGCGGCGGCAGCCAGGACGGGGACGUGCUGGUGGUGGACCUCGGGCAGGGGCGGGCCAGAGGGCCGCCUGCCUCCUCGUCCUCGUCCACGUCUUGCUUCAGGUCUCGGAAGCUUCAGUACCGAAACGGUGAGGUCGAGGAGGAACUUGAGCUCGGUGACGACGACGAUGAGCCCCAAGUGCCCGGGCGCCACGCCAGCCCGCCGCUCUCUGCUCCCGUCUCGCCGCCAGUCAAUGCCCCGCGGGUGAGCCUCACGACCGCCGCGCAGCCAGAGUUCCAGUUUGUGGUGGAGCAUGACGAUCUCAGGACGGCUCCGAGGACCACCAAUCCGUCGCGGGCGGCCAAGGUGAAGCGUGGGAAAGGUGGCGGCGGCGGGCGGAGCGGCGGAGCCCGCAAGCGAGGUGCCCGGACAGGCAAGGUUAACGACAGAGGCGGCGGCGGGACCGACGGCCACGAGCAAGAGAUUGUCCUGAGUCUGGAGAAUGAGCCGCCGAGACCCUCCGUGCCCCUGCUGAGGGAGCCGAGCACCGACAGUCAAAGUGCCUUAGCAAGCCACCGGUCACGGACAGCGGCAGAGGACGGGGCAUUGAAAAACAAAGAGGGUGAGGAGGAAUACGACGACGAGGACGAUGAGGAGGAUGACCUCGUGAUCCAGGACAUAAGGACAGGCCUGCAGAGCCGCUUGAAUAAGAAGAAGGGUCUGGGCGGCAAGGUGAAGGACAAAUUGUUCCCCAACAGGCACCUGCCGAGGGUGAAGAAGAUGGACCGAACCAAGAAGGUGGAGAAGUACGUGGACUCCCUGAUGGUGGAGGACAUGAACCACAUCGGCCGCGUGACGCCCGUGCUGCCUGGCGAGGAGAACUUCACUCAAGAGGACUUCACGCGCACCAGGAACCAUAUCCUGCAGUCAAGGCCCAAGAACUACCAGGAGGGAGCCGAGGAGCUCAUCGCCCUGGAUUCGCCGCUGUCUCCGCGACGCACGACCACCAUCGACCAGGACGCCAGGAGGAGCGAGAUGAAGCUGGAAGGCAUCGACGAGGGGGCGCGACAAAACUUGCUCCAGACCCAGGACAGCCUCACGGGGCCCUCCGCCGUACUGUCCCCCGAGGACUACGAGGACUACAUUGGGGAGCCUGUGGAGAAUGACUACCCGGAGCUGGCUGGCCCCAGCGAGCUGCCCACCUCCCUGACCCCGCCUGCCUCCCCGCCACCCAUGCAGGCUCAGGACUCCUUGGACUACGCCCCUCAGGAGCCCGCCGCCCCAGAGUAUUUCCAGCAGUCCGAGGAGUACUACCAGGAGGAGGAGUCCCUGCCCCCCCCUGCCCCCGCCCCCCUGGCCGUGGAGGAGCCGUCGCCGUCGGGUCCUCUCUCAGGGUCGGCGUCGAUGAACUUUAUGGACGACCACAGCCCGACCAACGGUAACGGUGACUUCUACCGCCGCUGCGUAGCCAGGUGCCCCCGCCAGCCCCCCCGACCCGCCUGCGGUAGCUUUAGCCUAGCCACCUCCUGUAGCCCCGUCAACACUCCAAGCGCCAGUAGUAGAGGGUUGCCGCGUAGCCCCCCCAUCAACCUCCUGAACAAUAACGAGAGUAUCAAUAGUUUUGCAAGCCACUUUAGGACUAGUUGUGUGGCGAGUAGUGACCUAGUGAGUGGCGAGAAGCGGCCGAAGAGGACGGUGAGUGUGAGUAGCUCCUCCGCCAACGACUCGUCCCGCAACAACAGUACAAGUGCUUCAGAACACAGUAGUAUGUCGAUCAGUAGCGCGUCGAGCGGUGUGUCCAAUGUCAACAAAAACAGAACUAGGCUGUUCCUGCCGACCAGUACAACGAGCUUACCCGAGAUCUCGGUAGAGCCGCCCACCCCCCAGGCGCCUAAGCCCAAGGACGCCAUUGACCGUGAGAAUAAAAUCAAGUACGACCUGUUAGUGCCGGGCUACCGGAGUAUGUUCCUCACUGUGCCUGGCAUGGAGGACGACUGUAGCGAUAGAUUCCUCCCUAAGUAUUCCCUUGACAGCGACGACGAUGACGAGGACAGUAGUAGUGAUGAUGACGACGACGAUGUUGUUCAUAAACCAAAAGUUUUGGGCUCCCUCACAGGUCUGGCGGAGGGCCGCGGCCUGAAGCGGUACGGCAGCAGCUGCGACAUCGCCAAGCUGGUCAAGGGCGUGCCCGAGGACACACUGUACGGCCAGGACGACUACUGCGACGACGACUACAACGGCAAUUUCGACGCCAACCAAAAGGUGUCCAAGGUAGGCGGCACGGGGUCCGGGCCCUUCGUGGCGGGCAAGCUGGCCAUGUUCGAGAAGGUGGUGGAGGAGGAGCACCAGAAGUUCAUCGAGGGCCAGGAGGUGAGGAAGCGUAUUUUCCGCGCCCCGCGUAAGAGCGGCGAGUAUAUUGAGAAGUUCUACAGCCCGAAGGUCAUCAGUAACGUUGACGCGCGGGCAGUCGAAAGAUGUCAGAGUCCAUACUACGAGGACGAGUACGACAACCUUGACCGCUCGAGGCCUUGCACGCCGCGAGACAUCGAGACGCCUUACGGUGGACACUCCAGCCCGCGCCUCCGAACCUCCGACUCCAGUAACGUGUAUAUCAGCAAGCCAGCCUCCCCCUCGCCGCGGCAUGCCUCCCCCCAAACUAAGUUCUAUGGCCACAGGUCCCCCUCCCCUUCUCCCAGGUCCCCCUCCCCUACACCCAGGUCCCCCUCCCCUUCACCCAGGUCCCUCUCUCCCCCGAUCUUCAAGUGCCCGCCCCCGCUGGCCAGAUCCUCCCCACCCAGAGCCAGGUCGCCCUCCCCCGUUGCCAGGUCUCCUUCCCCCUUAGCGGUCUCCAACAACUACCAGUAUGACAACGAAUCGUACCCUGAGAGGCCGAUGUCACCCUCCUCCACCCAGUACAAAGCUGACACCCGCCAAGUGACGCCCGUGCCCGGCUCCUCCGCUGGUGGACGCCGGAUGAGCCCCAACCCGACACGCAGCCAGCCAUUCUGCUACCAAGAGAGUCUGGAGCAGCGAACUGAUGAGGCGCUGGAGAUGCUGGACAUGAGUUACCUGGAUGAUGCUGCGCCGCCCCCAUCUCGCUACACCCCCACAGCCGCUGCCUCGCCUCCCCCGGCACGUGGUCAGGAGAAGAUAAGAAGGGGCUGUUCCACCUCCCCCCCGCCCCCCGCCCCCCCUGUGGACCCCCUCGACGACGUGUUUGAGAUUGAGGAGGAAGACGUCACGGGCUCCACCAGUUCCAUAGGAGGGCGGAACAAGCGCGCCGCUCCCCGCCCCCCCACGCCUCCCCAUGGGGCAGCCGCGUCCCCCCCAGCCGAGGGUAAACUGGGGGCGUUCUUCAAGGGGCGGCUGGGGAAGGACUCCUCAGCUCCCAAGGAGAAGAAGGAGAAGAAGAAGAAGGACGUGGACAAGAAGGGCAAAGACAAGAAGGAGAAGGAGAAGAAAGAGAAAGAGAAGAAAGAGGAGAAAGGAGGAGGAGCAGGAGGAAAGAGGUUCCAGCUCUUCGGCGGCACCAAGAAGAGCAGUGAGCCGCACACGCCGCCGCCCGACAGCCCCGCGGCCUCCCCCAAGAAGGACGAGAAGGAGAAGGGUGCGGGUAAGCGACGUCUCUUUGGCCGCGGAAAAGAAAACUUCCUGGGCCGCUCGUCUCAGGUGAACCAGACCUCCGAUCCACAGGUGGCGCGUAUGUCAGGUGGGUCAUUCGACGACUCCAUCAACCUAGACGACGAGUUCAUGUGAGGGAGAUGAGCGGGAGAACAGGACGAGGAAUAGACCGAAAGAGGAAAACGAGGAGGAGAAAGGAGCGAAAACCGAGACCAGGCAUGGAAGAAGAAAGAAGAGAAUGAGGAACAGACUAGACAAGGAAAACGAAGAAGAGAAAGGAGUGGAAACCGAAUCCAGGCUAGAAAGAAGAGAACGAGGAACAGACUAGACAAAGAAAUCGAAGAAGAGAAAUUAGCGGAAAUCGAGAACAGACAAGGAAGACAAGAUGAGCAAGAGAAAGAGACGAGAAAUAGACCAAACAAAAAAUAAGUAGAGAAAGGAACGUAAACAGAAUGCAGGCAAGGAAAGGAAGACGAAGAUGAGGGAGAAAAGAGCGAGGGAUAAACCAAGUAAGGAAAACGAAGAGGAGAAAGGAAUGAAAAAUGAGGGCAGGCGAGGAAGCGGAAAAGCGGAAAAGCAAGAGGAACUGACAGAAAGCAAAGUGGAAAUUAUAAAAGGGAUGUUUACGGAAGGGAAGGAAAGGAAAAGACGAAGAGAAAACUUGAAGGAAAAUGGCGAUUACUAUUUAUGAAGGACAAGAGAAAGGAGAAGAGUAAAUAAAGAUGAGAGGAAAUGUAGGAAUAGAAUUAAUAUGAAGUAGAUGGACUGUUCUCCUUUGUGUAUGGUGUAUUAAAGAGAGAGAGAGAAUUUACUUUUAAGAUUUGACGUGAUUGAUGACCACACACACACACACACACACACACACACACACACACACACACACACACACACACACACACAC